ACAUUCAUUCGAUCCAUCGAGACAAACUACAGUUAUGUAUGCCGCAACAUCUUCGGUUCUGUCUCCAACACCACAAAGUCUCUUCCUUUCCUCUCAUCUUCCUCAAAUCCAGUUCCUUUAUCGGAUUAAAUUUCUGGGUUUUCCCGUAACGAAUCGGUGCUAUGGCGGCGGCGGUUCGUUCUAUAACCGAAGGAGCUGCGAUGAAAGACGACGACAGAGGAAUCGAAUCAUGGUGCCGAGAGCUAGAGCCUCUCCUUACGAGGUUCUUGGCGUCUCUCCAUCAGCUACUCCUCAAGAUAUAAAGAGGGCUUACCGCAAACUUGCUCUCAAGUAUCACCCUGAUGUUAAUAAAGAGGCAAAUGCGCAGGAGAAGUUUCUGAGGAUAAAGCAUGCGUACACCACUUUGAUUAACUCUGAUUCACGGCGUAAGUACGGUUCAGAUACUCGUGCGUCGUCUGGUUACUCUACGGGUCAACAAACAAGCCGGAAAAGCAAUAGUCAAGUCGAGGAAGAUUUCUACGGACUUGGUGAAUUCGUGAAGGAUGUUCAAAUAACAAUCGGGGAUUUCUUCAAAGAUCUUCAAGAAGAGUUCAAGAACUGGGAAGCAAGUGCGUCUUCACAAGGAAAACCUAAAAGUCUUUGGGAAGAACUAGCGGAAAUUGGGGAAGAGUUUGUGGAGUUCCUUGAGAAAGAACUAAACAUAACCGAUGAAGAGGAUGAUGGAUCAAGCAAAAAAGGAGAAAGAUUUGAUUUUGAUGAACGCUCCUCAACGGGGAAAUCACCAGGGAAUAGUAGUAGCACGAAGAACAGUAUAGAAGACAAUAUUGAUGAGAUCGAAGCAACGCUAGCUCAGUUGAAAAAAGAUCUUGGCUUGCAAUAAUAAACAAUCUCGAAUAUUGCAGUGAAACGUCCUCUUCUUAGCUUGGUUUAGAUAUUCUCAUGUUUCUUUCAAGCCAUUAAAGAUUUUGUCUCUAAAAGUGUUGAGAACGUGUAUAUCUUAUAGAAUAUUUGUUUCAUGAAAGCAAUAGUGUUUUGUAUAGAA